AACGCUUAAUCUACCAUGGAUGAUUACAGCAACGACAGCACUGAUACCCAAGUCCUCUAUUUCCACUCUCAGUCACCGCCACCUGAAUUAGGUUAUGAAAAGAUGAAUGGUACUGAUCAAAUGGUGGAAGAUACUGAACCCUUGGACGAUGCCGUUUCACUCGAUGAUUCCUCCGAUGGAACACCACUGGUGACCCUUGAUUUUGACUCCCAGGUAGUGGAGGAUUCUGAAUGUGCAGAGGACGGUCUCCGGCCGCUCGAAAUAACCGAGUAUGACAAGGAAGUUGUCCUCGACAGUGAAGAUGAAGGGAACUCUGUGCAACAGUGUGGCACAGAAGCUUUGAUUGUUGAUGAAAGUCCGAAUGUGGGAAGGGAUUAUUCUCGGAAGGUAGCUCGUGAUCAGGAGUUUACAGAGUUGAAUUACACUGGCUCUCAAGAACCUAGAGAGUCUUCUCAAGCUAAUGCGCUUGAGUUUGUCGAUAACUACCUUUUACUUAACAAUGUAGACUCUUUUCGGGGGACUACACCUAUAAAUAUUGUCAGGAAGAAAGUGUCUCCUGUCUCGAGAAUUAAGGGCUGUCAAAGUUUGGCUAAACAACUUAAAACCAGGUCUUCAGGUGGGGAAAACGGAGCUUUUAAUUGGGUUGAUAAUGAUUAUUGCGGAGGAAUUGAUUUCCUGAGUAAGAAAGUGGCAGUUUCACCCAGUUUAGAUUUAAGGCCUGCAGUUGACAGCAGAAAAGAGAUGAGCAGAUAUAACCUAGCAUCUGAAUUGAAUGUUGAGAAUGACUCUGUCAAAAACUCGAAUGAAGUGUUGAACAAAAUCCAAUUGGGGAAGGAUUCAGAUGCUUAUAGCAUUGAAGAAAGUGCAUCACAUGUUUUUGAUGUUGGUUUUGGUACUCAAAUGGCAGCUGAAGCUAUGGCAGCCUUAUCACAUAGUUGCAAUUGUACUAAUAAUGUUUGUGAAUGUUUUCAGAACCCUUCACAAGGUGUGGCAAAGAGUGAAAUUGGUUUAAAAAACUCUUGCCUUCAGAAGGGUAUGUUUUCUGAUUUGGAAGACAUCAAAGAAAUGUCAAAGCAAAGAGAGAGUUAUGCUUAUGCCAAUUCAUCUUGGGGAUACUCUAGUUAUCUAGAGUUAGAUACUGAAUUUGAAAUACCAACAAAAAGAAAAAGGAGCAAUAUUUCGGCUAAGAGGUUGAAUAAUGAAUUUUCAGCAGGAAUACCUGUCAACAAAAUAAAGGAAGAUGUUACAGGAAAAUUGAACAAAAAGGAAGGUGAAGCUGGUUCAGUUAAGUUAGGGGAAACUAUCAAUGAUACUGUGAAGAGCGGUAUAAUUACAUACAAAAGAAAGAAACGUUCUCUGUGUGCUAAACCAUCACAAGUCUUGAGUGGUAGAGGAAAUUGUACAAAAGGGGAGUCAUUUGCUCAGUGGAAGACGGGAAGCGAAACUAAAAAAGAGUCAGAUAGUCCAGCGAAAAGGAACAAUGCUAUUAUGGAGGGAAGUUUAAUUACGUACAAAAGAAAAAGAAUUGUAAGAGUAGAUAAAGUGUUGGAUGCUGAAGGGAAGCUUACCAAAUUGUGCUGCAAUAGUCCUGAUGUAUUGAAAAACAAUGAACAGACUCAACAACCCUGUAGCUUAGAGGUACCGUCCUUGGCGAAUUCUUUAAAUUACAAUGGUUGGAGCUUCCGUAAAGGGAAAAGAAUGCCUCGCAGGAGACGAAUCCACUCAAAUGGAGCUAAUAACAUGUCAACAAAUGAUGGAAUAGAAGGUGAAGAAAAACCAUGCUACGAAAUUCUGCCCAAAUCAUCCCUUUCAAAAGAGCUUCUAAGACUAGGCAUCCCAGAUUCAAAACCCGGCUUGAAGUUCAAAGACUUGAGAAAGAAAAUGAAUACAUCAGAUGUGAAAGUUCUAUUUAGCCAGCAUUUGGAUGAUGAUAUCAUCAGGCAGCAGAAGAAGAUCAUAGCGCGGUUGGGCAUUGCAAUUGCAUCAUGUUCAAUGGAUGCUACACAUUUCAUAGCAGACCAUUUUGUUCGAACAAGGAAUAUGUUGGAAGCUAUUGCUCUUGGUAAACCAGUGGUGACUCAUUUAUGGCUUGAGAGCUGUGGGCAAGCAAGCUGCCUAAUUGAUGAGAAAAACUUUAUCCUGAGAGAUGCCAAGAAAGAAAAGAAACUUGGUUUCAGUAUGGCAGCCUCACUGGCUCGUGCAACCCACCAUUCUCUUCUGAAGGGUAUGAGUGUCUUAAUUACCCCUAAUGUAAAACCCGAUGAAGGUAUGAUUGCUAGCUUGGUUAAGGCAGUUCAUGGCCAGGUAAUGGAAAAUUGUCAAAUGUCUGGCCAGAAAAUCCCAGAUGAUUUAUUGAUCCUUUCAUGUGAAGAAGAUUAUGCUUUGUGUGUGCCUUACAUUGAUAAUGGAGCAGCUGUUUAUAGUUCAGAGCUUCUGUUGAAUGGCAUAGUUAUUCAGAAAUUAGAAUAUGAAAGGCAUCGACUUUUCACAAAUCAAGCUAAAAGAAACAAGCGCUCCAGCACAAGGUGAAGAAGAUAUGAUCAUUUGCUAGUCUUACACUUUUUGCUCAAAGUCGUAUAUAUGCGUACCAUGGGGAGACAAAGCAGGGGCUGUUUUUUUGUUGUAAAAAGCCAUAGGAUUAAUGGUCACCAAGUUCUAUGGUGAUUAAAAGACCCUUUUGCAGACGAAAUCAUGUCAAACCCUGUCAUUUUGUUGCUGAACAAACUGCAAUAUACUAAUUAAUUGUUCAUAGUUCCUAUCUCAGACAAUGUCUCAUAUUGCUAUACUUGCGCCAGACAGAAGUUUUGAAGUCAUGAAGAACAAAUAUGGCUUCAAGCACAGAAGAUUGUAUGACGUCCAGAACUAUUCAAGUUUUAUUUGUUACUAGUUCUGGGGUUUCAUAUACAUAUUGGGCGAGUGGAUCAGCCUGAA